UUGGGAAACAUGUAGAGGCAACCAAAAAAAAAAAUGGAGAAAUUGAGAGUUUGCAUAAUGGUGUUAGCUUGCGUGGUAGUAUCGGCGGCAGCCCAAAGUGCUUCCAAUGUGAGAGCUACUUAUCAUCUUUACAAUCCGCAGAACAUAAACUGGGACUUGACUGCUGCAAGUGCUUUCUGCGCCACAUGGGAUGCCAGUAAGCCCUUAGCAUGGCGUCAAAAAUAUGGAUGGACUGCUUUUUGUGGUCCUGCUGGUCCUCAAGGUCAAGCUGCUUGUGGCCGAUGCUUAAGGGUGACCAACACCGCCACUGGAACUCAGGCAACGGUGAGAAUCGUGGAUCAAUGCAGCAAUGGAGGGCUGGAUUUGGAUGUUAAUGUAUUUAACCAACUUGACACAAAUGGGAUUGGGAAUGCUCAAGGUCACCUCACUGUCAACUAUGAAUUUGUAAACUGUGGUGACUAAACCCACUUUUUAGUAAUUAAAAUGAGUUUCAACCAAAUAAAUGCUUUGUAUCACUACUAAAUAAAUCCAUUCUCGAAUAAAACUUAGCAGCACUUGUUGCUUGCAAGUUGCUAAAUUUACUAAA